AUGAGUAUUGCUCGUUGCAGGAUGGAAAUACUUUUUAAUUGUGCUUUUGAACGAGCUCAUUUUGAUAAGGCUGUAUUUAAUCCAGAAAUGGUCAAUAUAUUAUUUGAUAACGACAAGAAAAUUCCUCUUAAAUUUAACAUUAAUCAUUUAUAUCUAUCUGCUAACAAUAGAAUAUGUGAAAAUUUGGUGGACCUCAUUUCAGAUAAUAUAGUAAUAUCUGAAUCUUUUUCGAUGUAUUUGGACGAUGUUGACGAUCCAGAGCAAUAUACAGAUACUUUACAUGAUGUUUUAUUAAAUAAAGGCGAUAAAUUACAUCAUGUCAGUUUUAUGUUUGAAUGUGAAUUGCCACAAAUUUAUGAUCUCAUUGUUGAAUAUAUAGCAACAUCUAGAGAGUGUUCAAAAAUUGUCUUAUAUUUGUUUACAUCACUCUGGAGGAACAAAAUUUAA